AUGGUUGCUUUCCUUUCCAUGUCAAUAGAGCCUCCACAGACAUACAUUACCAAGCUAUUAGUAACUUUUUCUUUCCUUCUAUUCAAAGGGAAAGCUUUGUUUGGUGAGGAGGAAUGGUAUUUCUUUACCCCAAGGGAUAGAAAGUACCCUAAUGGAGUGAGAGCUAAUAGGAUGGCUGGUUCAGGUUAUUGGAAGGCCACAGGAACAGAUAAGCCUAUUGUCAGUUCACGGGAUGCAACGAUUCUUGGGGUCGAAAAGGGUUUGGUGUUCUAUAUAGGACGCCCUCCAAGAGGAAUUAAGACGGAUUGGAGCAUGCAAGAGUACAGAAUGCCCCAAGCCACGAUGUUGAAUUCCAGGCAGAAAGGGCUCAUGAGGUUAGAUGAUUGGGUACUAUGCCGAGUUUGGCAGAAAAGCAACAAACCAAGGAUCAGUGGGGAUGCUCAAUAUGGUUCAAAUAAUGACCCAUUUGGCAACUCUCAGAAGGAAUACAAGCCGUGCUCAACAAAUGAAAAGGUUAAACUAGAGAUGAUCAGCGAUUUUCUUGACAGAGAUUGUGUUGUACUACCACUCAUCUUUGCAUCUCAAGAUCUACCUUCCUUGGACACGGUUUCUAACCUAAGCUUUGAAGCAAGCAAAACUUCUACUACUGGCUGUGAGACCUAUUCUGAACCGAACUAUUCGCACUACUCGGUCGUGCCUUGUGAAAGCAUGACUGAUGGACAGAAGAGAAAGGCUGCUGAAGGGGAUCAGUACGAGAGUUUCAUCCAACCUAAUAAGAAGCUGACAAACAGAGAUGAUCAAUUCAGUGAUGUAACCACGGAACUGAAUCUCUGUAGUAGAAAUAGGUCUGAAGGUAACAACCUCAAUGCCAGUCAAUGGAGUUCUGUGAUCCAAUAUCAGGAGCUACUUGGUCUUCACAGAAGGUGACUGAAGAAUCUAGGCAUACACAGAGACGUAAAUGUAAGUUUCUUACUACUCAUGUAAAUAAAGAUGUUGGAGGAAGUCAAAUAAGUCUUGUGCAAGUAGGUGGCGUGCUAUACCAAAUGCAGUGAUAUAUUUCACUAGUACGUGAUAUUUACAAAUCUGUUUCCAUAGCACUACUCUAUAUAUGUAGCACGAAUACGGACAUGGAUACAGGACGGGUCUAUUCUAAAAAAUGAGGACACGGGCGUAGCAGGGGACACAUCAAUUUUUUCAUAAAGUGUUAUGCAAACUUACAUUGUGUUGAAAUAUUUAGGUUAGGACUCCUAUCCAAUCCAUUAUUGGACUGAUGGUGAAUGCCUAUACACAUACCCAUAUAUUUCAUAUUUACACUUUUGGCCCAGUAGUUUUGAAGGUAUAAAUAUUUUACCCUGGAAAUAUUUCUUAAAAAUUAUAAAAUCACAUUGCCGUGUCCCGACGUGCGUCCUCGGCGUGUUGCCCCGUGCACCUGGGGUUCACCAAGAUAAAAUAUUUUAAUUUGGCAGAUUAAAUAUAUUCGGUGUGGCGCGUCCCUGGAGUGUUUGACACGGAUACAGGGAUCUCUAGGAGUGCCAAUGCUUCAUAGGCACUUGCGAAAUCCGAUGUAGCAAAAAAGGGCAUUUCUUGCGAAAUAAUUAAAUUCUGUAGAUGACUAUGCAUUUCGCUGUGUGUGUCUAUUGUGACUCUAAGUAUGCUAUCCAAGCAUUACAAAUCAUUGGGUUACAAAAAUGCAAGUUAGUAAUUAUGAACUGUAUUGUACAGUCAAUUAUAGUUUAUUUGUUUUCCUUUUUCGUUUAGUUGGAAAUAUGUUACAGGUCAUAGAACAUAGUUUUCAUUAUUGCAUGCAACAGAAAUUAAUACCUUUUCUACCACUGAACCCCACCUGUGGCCACCCAACCGUAAUCAGUGCAUUAAACAUCUGAUUUUAUAAUUGCAGAUCACCAAGAUUGAGUUUUAUGAAUGUUUUUCCUCCUAAUGCGAACCUUUGUUGUACAUCCAAAACACCAACUGGUUUCA